AGAUUCGCAGCGGACGAUAGCCUUGCUAUGUGCAGCUCCCUCGUGGAACCCCAAGUUCGCGACUACAAAUACCCUCCAUCGUGGCCCUCAGUUUUCUCCUACAUGGGCAGGUUCCACAUUCUCUAGCUGGCUACUUAACUUCUAUUCACUCUUCUUCACUUCAUUCCCAUCAUUAGCCCUCUUUGAUAUUACUUAGUAUCUAUUCUAUUCUUCUUCAAGAAUCUACCUUCACCAUGAAGUACCUAAUCCUCAGCGCUCUUCUCGCAUCCGCGGCUAUUGCUGCCCCCACUCCUGCCAACCGAAACCAGGGUGGUAAUGCUAAUGGCGGGAACAACGCGAACGCAAAUGCCAACAGCAACCAGGCCGGUGCGGGCGCCGCCAAGGGAACUGCAGGAAACACGGGAGCUGCUGGAGCUGCUGGAACUGCUGGAACUGCUGGAGCUGCCACGGGCGCUACGGGCGCUGCUGGAACUCAAGGCACAACUGGACAGACCGGUGCAACUGGCCAAACUGGCGCAACCCAGCCUGCCGCUGGUACUCCCGGCACUAUCACUCCUGGGACUUCCAGCGCCGUUCCCCCGCCGCCGGGAGGUGCUCCGGGCCAGACUCCCACUGCUGGAGACCUUGCUACUGCCGUCGCCAACUGGAUGGCCGACACCUCGAUGGUCUCCCAGUUCUUGAACAGCGGACCAACCAUUCAGGACGACGCUGCCUUCAAGCAGGCCGCCCUUGUCGCGUUCAAUGCCGAAGUUGACGAGCUUACCCAUAAGGCCGUCAUCGAUGCUGCCAAUGGUCAACUCCCCAACGUCCAGGCCGCCAACUCUACCCUCGCCACUGGCGGUGCCUUCCAGGAUGUCGUCGACAAGCUCCAGCUCAUGUCCCAGCAGGGCAAGGCUGCUGCCAACAACAUCGACCUCAUCAACCAGAACCGUUGCACCAACGUUCUCCCUAACAUUGAUGCAUACAUGGCGUCCACUGGAUCGAACAGCCAGGCUGUUCGUCCCAACGUCUGCGACCAGACUGGUGUCAUUGGCGGUGUCCAGAGCAACGGUCCCACGCUGCCCGGCCAGACUCCAGGAACUCCCCAGCAGGCCUUCGCCGCUGCUAAGGCUCUCGCUUCCGGAACCGGAACCGGUCAAAUGUCGCAGACUGCCGGUACCGCUGGCACUGCCGCGAACGCCGGCGCUCCCAAGACUGGAGCGAACGGAAAGGGCACUGGCGUCAACGGAAACCAAGGCGCAGGCACCGUGGCCAACCCCAACGUUGCUGGUGGCGCUCAGGGCACCCAGGCGGGCCAAACCACCCAGGGCGUGAACACUGGUGCUAACACUGGCGCUCAGCAAGGAACCAACGCCGGCACUGCUGCUCAGGGUACUCAGGGUACCGCCACUGGCGCCCAGCAAGGUCAGACCGGCACCGCCGCUCAGGCACAGCAGGGUGCCAACACUGGCGCUCAACGUCAGGGCCAGACCGGCGCCGCUGCUCAGGCACAGCAGGGGUGCCAACACUGGCGCUCAACGUCAGGGCCAGACCGGCGCCGCUGCUCAGGCACAGCAGGGUGCCAACACUGGUGCUCAGCGACAGGGCCAGGCUGGGGCCGGUGCUCAGGGCAACGGCAACUAAGCAUCUCUCGAGAGAUAUUGAGGCGGGCGUGGAUAUGUUGGCAAUGCGAAGUAGGAUGGAAGAUGGAUCUCCUUGUGUAAAAUUUAGUGAAUAAAGAUAGUGAGAAGGGGCAUUGAAGGGAGAGUGUGGUAGUUGUUUUAUAGCCAAAGUUCAUCUUAAAUAACAACCAUGUUCCGGAAUCCGUUAUUUACCGUGAUGUUGAGAGUUGAGGUGGGGUCCAGGAGUCGAGAGAGAGCGAUGCCUUUGCUCCUUCAACAACCCAACAUCCUGUUCUUCUCCUUCGAUUCGUUACGAGAUGACGGCUAUACCAAUACACUGCGCAUUCCUCUAGCUGGAAACGAUGUGUGAGUCCAUAGUUUCGAGAG